GGCUUAUUGGUAGGCGGGCGUCUCACAGCCCACACGAAACAUAUAGGGCCCGAUGGGUACAUAUGGGGUAGACAUUCCCUUUUCCUGAAUUGUUGAUCUUUCUAGCUUUCUUUUCGUAGUGACCGUUUUGCUGUUCACAAGUCUCUGCGGCGUGGUUCUCUUUUAAUCGUUACCCCUUUGUGUGCCAUGAUGGAGCAACCGCAGUCGAAGUACUCGAACCAGCGAGUUCCUGGAAAGGAGCAUAUUCCCCUUUACCCUAAGGGAUUCGUUGCCAUACGCAUUAUUCAGCUAAUCUUCGGCAUUAUAUGUUUGGGGUUAAGUGCCUUCGGUAUCGUCUAUCUCAUUUUUGCAGGAGAUGCCUUGACGCUUUUUACCUCCAUUGUGACUAUCAUCACUAGUAUCUAUUGUCUCGUCGCCCAUUUCGGUCCCGCGAAGGCCUAUAACUACUGGGCAAUACUCGGCUUGGAUAUAUUCCUUGUUAUCUUCUGGCUAAUUUCAUUUGCCAUCCUUGCUGCCCAAAUCGCCUCCAUUUUCGCUUAUUACCACUCGUACAGCGACUACUAUGACGACUACUAUGACGUUAGCGAGUACGAUGCUGCAGUCUACACGUAUGGCGGUUGCUUAGCUGCUGCUGCAGGUCUAGGUGGAGUGGAAUUUCUUCUCUACAUCAUCUCACUAUCGAUCCACGGUGUCAUGCUACACCGGCACCGAAAGGCUGGCCUCAAGGCUAUGCCCAUCCACGGGGCUCCCGGCGGUAUAGGAGCCGGUGUUGAACUAUCGGCCGGCGGAGAGAAAUUUCAGAUGCAGCCUCAACCUGCGCAAGUCUAUCAAGAACCUAACCCUCUGGCUGGACAUCCUCCGCCUCCCCAGGGGUAUUAUCCGCCGCAGUCGCCGUCCCCGCUCUCCUCCCAGCCCACCGGCAGUACUUAUGUCCAGCCCCAGCAGAUGGGAAACCCCGGUCAGCCUAUCUACGAAGUUCCUAGUCAAGCUCAAGCUCAACAGUAUCACGUUGCGCAGUAACAUAGGACACCUAGGUGACGGUGUAUGAAUAAAUUGUUUUCGAACGAAUUUGUACGGUAGCUAGCAGGUCAUAUAUCUCAUUCCAUACAAGCUGGGUAGGCUGGUUUAGCAGAGCGAAAACUCGGAAAAGACAAAAAAAUCUCUAUAUUUAGAAUCGGCUAGGCUUUGGGAAUUCUCAAUGCGCAUCUAAUAAAUUGUACGCCGAAACGGAAAAGUAACUUUGACUUUGACUUUGUAAAUUUCCUGUACUUUGUGUUGUUAAAGAAACGUGGUUUCGGGUGGUUUCGGGAGUGCUGCUUGCGACCUCUGGAAUGUCUUCUUUCACCUGUAUUACCGAAACCGGGAAUAGCCAUACGGAAGCAUCCAAUCACGUCCCAAGGAUUCCAAUUGUUGUCUAAGUCCAUUAUACCGAAUCUGUCUUUGUCCGUCUGAUAACUUUUCUGCAAGCCCUUG